UGUGAAUGUGGAGCCCUGGACGCUUCGCCCAGGACCAAACGAUUUCGCGCAACGUCGAUGAUGUUACGACGGUGUCGUACAACUCCAAGAUUUCAAGUAGUCCAUGGUCCGAUGCCUUGGGAAUCUUCGGUUUAGUCUUGGUGAAUGGGUGGCGACCAGAUGUAGUUUCAUACAAUUCGAGCAUCACUGCCUGCACCAAAGGUUUGCAAUGGACCCGAGCUUUGUCCCUCCUCAAUGAACUGCUGCUAGGUAGACUGUCCACAACAGUCAUCACGUACGGUGCAAGCAUCAGUGCAUGUGAGAAGGUUUCUCAAUGGCAGACAGCUUUGUCCUUAUUUUUUGAGGCUGAAUCCAAGAAUCAGAUGAACAUCAUCCUGUGCAAUGCGACCAUUAGUUCUUUGGAGAAGGGCCACCAAUGGCAACGUGCUCUUCAUCUCUUCUCUCAGCUAUUUGUCAAGGCAUUGCGGCCAACGGUGACCACUUGGAAUGCUUUGAUCAGUGCAUUCGGAAAGAGCGAAGAAUGGCAACGUGCGCUUGCCACAUUGGAAAACAUGCAUCUCAUGCGAUUUCAGGAAGAUGUCAUAACAUUGAAUGCCGCAAUUGACGCAUGUGGCAAAGGGGGUCAAUGGCAAUUUGCCCUUAUGAUAUUGGCCGAAUUCGGAGCGAAACAGCUGGAGCCUAACAUAGUUUCUUGCAGUUCUGCUGUAAGUGCUUGUGAGGAAGCGAAAGAAUGGCAGCAAGCUUUGUUUCUGCUUUUUUAUGCUUUGGAUCAUUCAUGCGCGGAUCGGAUGACCUGCAAUGCGGCAAUCAGCGCAUGUGGGCUGGGGUCAAAAUGGCCAAGGUCAUUGGCAGUGUUGGACUUCAUGAAAGGUUCUCCGCUUGCCUUGCACCCGUCAGUUGUGACCUACAACUCAGCCAUCAGCGCUUGUGACACAGCAGAGCUCUGGUAUAAGGCUUUGAACCUCUUUGAAACUUGUUGUGAGGGACUGAGUGCAGACAUCAUUAUGUUCAACGCUGUCAUCAGUGCCUGUGCUAAAUGUGUGCAGUGGGAACGAGUAUUGUCGCUGUUGGUUGAGCUGCAGAUGGGUGGUUUGUCACCGACAGUCAUCACCUGCGGUGCAAGCAUCAGUGCAUGUGAGAAGGUUUCUCAAUGGCAGACAGCUUUGUCCUUAUUUUUUGAGGCUGAAUCCAAGAAUCAGAUGAACAUCAUCCUGUGCAAUGCGACCAUUAGUUCUUUGGAGAAGGGCCACCAAUGGCAACGUGCUCUUCAUCUCUUCUCUCAGCUAUUUGUCAAGGCAUUGCGGCCAACGGUGACCACUUGGAAUGCUUUGAUCAGUGCAUUCGGAAAGAGCGAAGAAUGGCAACGUGCGCUUGCCACAUUGGAAAACAUGCAUCUCAUGCGAUUUCAGGAAGAUGUCAUAACAUUGAAUGCCGCAAUUGACGCAUGUGGCAAAGGGGGUCAAUGGCAAUUUGCCCUUAUGAUAUUGGCCGAAUUCGGAGCGAAACAGCUGGAGCCUAACAUAGUUUCUUGCAGUUCUGCUGUAAGUGCUUGUGAGGAAGCGAAAGAAUGGCAGCAAGCUUUGUUUCUGCUUUUUUAUGCUUUGGAUCAUUCAUGCGCGGAUCGGAUGACCUGCAAUGCGGCAAUCAGCGCAUGUGGGCUGGGGUCAAAAUGGCCAAGGUCAUUGGCAGUGUUGGACUUCAUGAAAGGUUCUCCGCUUGCCUUGCACCCGUCAGUUGUGACCUACAACUCAGCCAUCAGCGCUUGUGACACAGCAGAGCUCUGGUAUAAGGCUUUGAACCUCUUUGAAACUUGUUGUGAGGGACUGAGUGCAGACAUCAUUAUGUUCAACGCUGUCAUCAGUGCCUGUGCUAAAUGUGUGCAGUGGGAACGAGUAUUGUCGCUGUUGGUUGAGCUGCAGAUGGGUGGUUUGUCACCGACAGUCAUCACCUGCGGUGCAAGCAUCAGUGCAUGUGAGAAGGCCUCCCAGUGGCAGACCGCAUUGCAAUUGUUCAGCAGUGUCUCAAAAGACUUUGUGCCAGAUGGAGCGGCAGUAGCUGCAUACAGUGGCGCGAUCAGCGUUUGCAAGCGCCUUGCCCAGUGGCAGCAAGGCUUGCAGUUGCUCCACACCUUAGGUCCAGUUGGUCAGGCGGACUUGGUGGAUGCGUCCAACCUGAUGAGCUUCCCCUGGAGGUGGUCCUUGCUGCUGCAUGGGCCCAGGUCCGUUGCCGUUGCCAGCGCUGCUGUGCUGUCGGGCUGCUGUCGAGCUGGCAGCCUUGGGGCUCGGCUCCAGGCUUUGCAAGUGCUGAUCAACUUGCAAGUCGCUACUGAAAGAUGUGUACAGGAACACUUGUGCAAGCAGACUGCUGUGCUGCGCCUGGAAAGUGACACGUUGGCAUCUUGUGGGUAG